GAGCAUUUUGCUGAGGCUGCCUGUAGCAUUCAGGGUGCAGGCUUAAGGAAAGAUGGCGAAUUUCAAAGGUCAUGCCCUUCCGGGCAGCUUUUUCCUUGUCUUUGGCUUAUGGUGGUCUGUGAAGUACCCACUUAGAUACCUAAACCGUAAAGUAAAAGGAAACUGUAGGUCCAACAAGUGCUAUGACCGUCUGGAGCUUAUUGAAGGGAUACUUAAAGCACUCUUUUCAUUAAUAGGGAUACUGGCAGAGCAGUUUGUUCCUGAUGGGCCUCAUAUGCACCUUGUUAAUGGCGAGGACCACAGCUGGGUGAAGCUAAUGAACUGGCAGCAUACAACUAUGUACCUCUUUUAUGGAAUCUCAGGAGUUGUAGAUAUCUUGACUUAUUUUCCCUUAAACUUGCCACGGGGCCUUGAUCGUCUCAGUUUGGGCAUAGCUGUGAUUGUGGAAGGUCUUCUGUUCUACUAUCACGUCCAUAAUCGGCCAGCACUUGACCAGCACAUUCAUUCUUUGCUACUCAUCGCUGUAUUUGGAUGUGCUAUAAGUAUUAUGAUAGAAGUGUUUAUGAGAAAUGACAUUGUUUUGGAGUUAUUCCGGGCCAGUCUCUCUAUUCUUCAGGGAACAUGGUUCUGGCAGAUUGGGUUUGUGCUAUACCCACUUGGAGGAGCACCGGAGUGGAACCAGACCGACCACGAUAACGUUAUGUUUAUCACCAUGUGCUUCUGCUGGCAUUAUGCUGUGGCCUUGCUUAUCAUGGCUAUCAACUAUUCUCUGGUCUAUUAUUGUGUAAAUAGGCACAAGAAGCUGCCUGUCAUUGUGGAUAACGGCCUUAUAAAAAUAAAUUCUAAGAAGGCUGAAGUGGAAGCCUCUCUUCUAGCCGGCUCAGAUGAAGAAUGAAACUUAACAACAAUGAACUGACUAAAGAGAUGUGUCUAAAUAAUGGGGGUUCCCAAAGUUACAAAGUAUUGACAGAGGAAAACUCCAUUGACUCUGUGGGAAUCAUUUGUGAUGCCAUCUCUGCUGCAGCUUGUAAAUAUUUCUAGACCUGUGAAGUUUCCAUAUAUACAUUUUUGGACUAAGAACUAAAACAUAUGCUUUUGAUAUAAUAAAGAUACUAUUACACUUCAUUAA